GGUUUACCAAAACACCAAUUGGAGUAUGUGUGACUAAAAGUGAAACUGGAUAGAGCCUAUAAAGACAGGGAGGUCUUAUCACAAAGCAGAGCUAAAAGCAGGCUAAGAACCAUCACACACCAGGGGAAGACAGACGGAGGAAAUCCUUACAUAACAGACAGACAAAAACAUCAAAAACAGACUUCACACACUUCUCUUCUCUAGAAGCCAUCCUCACUCACGCACACGUAUCUUCAGACACACAGCGUUAGUCCAGUCCAGACCCCUCAGUACAGCUCAAGUUAUCAGUGACCAGUCAUGAUGUUUACCUUGGGCAUGGCUAAGAUCCUCUUCUGUGUAUUGUUCCUCUACAGCUGCUGCCAAGGUAAGUCCUCUCAGUUACUGGACGGCUUGGUUACUUAAUCAUCAUGAUGGGAUGUAGAUAUGUCUUUAUUAGGGGGUUUAUUACUGUACAACAAGAUACACAGAUACACACGAGGCAUGCACUCACACAGGCAGACAGACAGACAGACAGACAGACAGGCAGGCAGGCAGGCAGGCAGACAGACAGACAGACAGACAGACAGACAGACAGACAGACAGACAGACAGACAGACAGACAGACAGACAUACAGACAUACAGACAGACACACACACAUAUUGUAAAAAAAAAAAUCUAGUAGAUUCAAUUAAUUAUUAUUUAGUAACUGGUUCCAGCCUUUUUUAGUUUACUCAACUUUUCGGUCAAAGUGUUACCUGAACUUAACAUUUUUAGUUGGCCCAAACUUAGCUUCAAAACUUGGUCAACUUAGCCAAAAAGUAGGUUAGGGACAUUCAAAUAGUGCUUUUAACAUACAACGUUUUCAGAUUACAUAUUCGACACACGUUGACUUUGUGCAUGUUCAUUUAUAGUAGUGGUCACCAACCUUUUCUGAGUCAAGAUUACUUUCGCAGUCAAAAAGCAAGCCGAGCUCUACCGCUUUUUUACAUUGACCUAAUAAAAACAGUUCUGUAAGAAUGAGGUUUGUACAGUAUGCCUAACACAUUACCACAGCAUAUUGACCAUAUGCCUGUCCUGCCAAUAUUGUUCUUCUCAGACCAUAUUAUAUUUCAAUACUCAAGCUUUGACAACAAAAUAGAUCUGUUGGUGUAGCACUUGCGAGGCGCAGCUGACAUCACAUAAGCAGUCCAUACAUUGGACUGAUGGUACCUGGUGCUUUCAAUGCCGCAUUCAAAACAACUGGGAACUUGGAAAUCUCCAACUUAUGACUUCAGUGCGUUCAAGACAACUGAGAACUCUGAAAAAAACGAAUUCCUACUGGGAAAAAUGUUUUGAAUGGUCAUCCAACUCGGAAUUCCAAGUCGGGAACGCGGAUAAGUCUGAGAUUUCCGAGUUCCCAGUUAUUUUGAACACCGCAUUAGUGGCAGCGGAGGGAAGGAGAGAGCAGCAGAGGGUCCACGUCCGCCUCUCACGGCCCCUGCUCUCUCCUUCCUUUCCUCUGGUGAGACUGACCAGAGAGAGGGGACACAAUCUUCCACCUGGUGGCGAAACUCGAAUCGCACUGCAUCUGCCUCAUGCACAAAUUCAUGUUGUUCCUAUGACCAGAGAAAGUGAAAGAUUCCUUGAUAUUAAAAUAGACACGACGAGCUGCUAAUAAUAAUAAAAACGCAGGGUAUCGAUACACUACUCAUUCAUUGCUGCUGCAGCGCAACGGGAAGUAGAGAGAAGCACGUUUUAUGUUUUGUAAUAGUGUUGAAUAAAAACAGUGACAGAACUGAAUAAACACUUAGACAUGAACUCACUCAUGAAAACAGCCGCUCUUUGCUGUAUUAUUUGACAGUCUCUCUCUGGUCAUGGUUUAAAAAGUUAUGAAAUCUCACAUAGGCUAGUAUCAAACUUUGCUAUGGCCGGCGUCGUGGAAGCAGUAUGCACGGUUAUAUGAGCUAUCUGAUUGGCCAGUGCAGUAGAUCUCCCGGUCCUCCAGGUAGGCGGAGUUUGUCUUUUCAGACAAAUGAAAUGGUUUAAAAUGGGAACAGUUUGCCUACCUGCGCUGGGCUUCUGAAUCAAGUACACCUACAGCCAACAGUACAACACAAAUAUUUAAAAAAAGGAGCACAAGUCUUUAUUGUUGGAUUUCUACAGAAAUGUUUGGUGAUCGACUAGGAAUGCCUUGUCAAUGAUCACUGAUUUAUACAGUAAUUAUUAUUCAACAUGUUCUGAGAUUUGAAUUCACAACCUCCUGGUUCACAGCAGUCCUAUAUUCCUGCUACGCCACCAUGCCUGUCUCGAUGACUGACUUCACCUGUAUUCCUAAAGUUUGCCCUUCAAAGCAAAUCUAAGCUUAAAAUAAAUACUGUAAAUAAAUUAUUAUUAUUAUUUUAUUCAUCAUAGUGAUUAAGGAGUAACAUUAAAACAGAAAACCCCUAAAAUAAGUAAAUCAGUAAAUGAAAUCCAUUGUCAGUUUAUUUUAUAACUGGCGCAGACAUGGUGGUGUAGCAGGACGAUUGGAAUGCUGCAAACCAAGAGGUUGUGAGUUCAAAUCCCAGGAAACUACAUGUUGAAUAGUAAUUUCUGUAUAAACGAAAGUUUCAGUAGACUAGAAAAGGCUGUGGUUCCAGUUACUAAAUAAUUAAUUGAAUCAACUAGAUGUUUUUUUUUACAGUGCAGGCACACACACACACACACACACACGCGCACACACACACACACACACACACACACACACACACACACACACACACACACACACACACACACACACACACACACACACACACACACACACACACACACACACACACACACACACACACACACACACACACACACACACACACACACAACACAAACACACUAGAAUAUACUUUGUCAUCAGGUGAGCUCCCGGAAUAGUCAACUCAUGUUAUCACCUCUCCCACCAGGAAACUAAAUGUUGGCACUCAGUGAAUAGAAUUCUGUUAACAGAGAAGGAGUGUUUGUGUGUGUGUGCGUGCGUGCAAACAUGCGUGUGUGUGUGCGCGUGUGAUCAAACUAUUACCUAACAGUGCACAGUGCCAUAGAGUUUGACCCUCUAUUGUCUGCAGUGUAGUAAAGUUACAGGGGAAUCCCCAGCCAGAUAAAAGAGACAGCAUGCAUCAUUAACUAUAGUGUCAAAUCAACAUUUCUCUCUCCCCCUCUCUUUAGCUCGCUCUCUCCUCUUAAUCUCUCUCUCUCCCCCUCCACUCUUGUCUUUGUCCACAUCUUUCUCCUCUCUCUCUCCUCUCUCCUCCUUUUCUCUCUCCCUCUCUUUCUCUCUCCCUCUCUUUCUCUCUCCCUCUCUUUCUCUCUCCCUCUCUUUCUCUCUCCCUCUCUUUCUCUCUCCCUCUCUUUUCUCUCUCCCUCUCUUUCUCUCUCCCUCUCCUCCUCUCUCUCUCCUCUGCUUUCUCUCUCCCCUCUCUCUCUCUCCUCUCCCCCUCUCUUUCUCUUCUCCCCUCUCUUUCUCUCUCCCUCAGCGUUCUCUCUCCCGCAUCUUUGUUUCAUGUUUUGCCUCUGCUACAUCCGCAAAAUAGGUGGCGUGUUGGACUGAUAAAACAUUGGACGUGGUCCAUGACCCUGCUUCCCACAACUAAAACUACAUAAAUCCUGAGAAACUCUAAGCCAUGCCUAAACAGAGACUCACGGUGAAGGGAGUAUUACAUUUCAGAUCUUACACAACUUAAAACCGUUAUACCAUAUUUCCAUUUUGAGAAAAAAGGGGACACUCAAUCAAUCCCACAAAGACAAAACAUUGGCAAAUCUCUGUAAUAUGUGAUAUGAUGUAAUAUGGCCUGUUCCCCUCAGGUUCUCUCCUUCCUUUCCCCGUUUCCUGUUUCUUUCUCUUUUUCACACAUCGUUAUUUUCCUCCCCUCUCUUUCUGUCGCUCUCUCGUCUCAUUUUCAACGGUCGCACAAAGUUAAACAAUAGUUAUUUUCUCACUUUUGGGUGAGAAAAGUGUUAAGUGAAGCCAGUUUGGAUUUGGCUUCACACCAAUCACAGCCAAAAGUCAUGUACACAAACAAACAACAAUUUGAAUUGUUGCAUCUCGUUGUGUCAUUGACCUCUGGUGGUUAGCUAGCUAGCUAAAACCGUCCCUUUCCUAAAUUAGCCAUUGAUGGCGAUAGGGGUUUGGCUGUGGUUUUACUUAAUUCUCCAUACUGGCCAAUGAUUAUAACGGCGAUUCUGAUCCAAACAUAAAUGUAUACAUUGUGCCCCUGGUCUAAGUUCAAUAUUUAGCUAGAUGUAGUAGGCUAUAUGUUUUUUUUGGUUAUUGCCAUGCUGGAAUACCCAUCCACGACCCAUUUUCAAUGCCCUGGCUGAGGGAAGGAGGUUCUCACACAAGAUUUGACGGUACAUGGCCCCGUCCAUCGUCCCUUUGAUGCGGUGAAGUUGUCCUGUCCCCUUAGCAUAAAAACACACCCAAAGCAUAAUGUUUCCACCACCAUGUUUGAUGGUGGGGAUGGUGUUCUUGGGGUCAUAGGCAGCAUUCCUCCUCCUCCAAACACGGCGAGUUGAGUUGAUGCCAAAGAGCUCGAUUUUGGUCUCAUCUGACCACAACACUUUCACCCAGUUCUGCUCUGAAUCAUUCAGAUGUUCAUUGGCAAACUUCAGACGGGCCUGUAUAUGUGCUUUCUUGAGCAGGGGGAUCUUGCGGGCGCUGCAGGAUUUCAGUCCUUCACGGCGGAGUGUGUUACCAAUUGUUUUCUUGGUGACUAUGGUCCCAGCUGCCUUGAGAUCAUUGACAAGAUCCUCCCGUGUAGUUCUGGGCUGAUUCCUCACCGUUCUCAUGAUCAUUGCACCUCCACGAGGUGAGAUCUUGCAUGGAGCCCCAGGCCGAGGGAGAUUGACAGUUCUUUUGUGUUUCUUCCAUUUGCGAAUAAUCGCACCAACUGUUGUCACCUUCUCACCAAGCUGCUUGGCGAUGGUCUUGUAGGCCCAUUCCAGCCUUGUGUAGGUCUACAAUCUUGUCCCUGACAUCCUUGGAGAGCUCUUUGGUCUUAGCCAUGGCGGAGAGUUUGGAAUCUGAUUGACUGAUUGCUUCUGUGGACAGGUGUCUUUUAUACAGGUAACAAGUUGAGAUUAGGAGCACUCCCUUUAAGAGUGUGCUCCUAAUCUCAGCUCGUUACCUGUAUAAAAGACACCUGGGAGCCAGAAAUCUUUCUGAUUGAGAGGGGUCAAAUACUUAUUUCCCUAAUUAAAAUGCAAAUCAAUUUAUAACAUUUUUGACAUGCGUUUUUCUGGAUUUUUGUUGUUGUUAUUCUGUCUCUCACUGUUCAAAUAAACCUACCAUUAAAAUUAUAGACUGAUCAUUUCUUUGUCAGUGGGCAAACGUACAAAAUCAGCAGGGGAUCAAAUACUUUUUUCCCUCACUGUAUAUGUAAUAUGGUUUUUUCCCCCGGCGUCCUUAAUGAUUUUACACCACUACUCAGUUUCUUUGUUAACCGCCCAACACAGAAUAGCCGCAUGUGUGCACUCCCUUGGAAAUUGUUUGGGGAAAAUAUCCUUUCUAUUUUAUUCAGCUAUGUUCAAUUGUAUUCUUCUUACUAUAAAAUCAUAUAAAAUAAUGCCACAGAAUUUUAAGCAAAUUUCGUCUGCUAAAUGAACUAGUGUAGCCCACAGCCAUAUGGCAUAGCCAGAUCAGGACCUAACAUCAUUUUACAUUUACAUUUUAGUCAUUUAGCAGACGCUCUUAUCCAGAGCGACUUACAGGAGCAAUUAGGGUUAAGUGCCUUGCUCAAGGGCACAUUUACGUCAUUUAGCAGACGCUCUUAUCCAGAGCGACUCACAAAUUGGUGCAUUCACCCUAUAGCCAGUGGGAUAACCACUUUACAAUUUUUUUUGGGGGGGGGGGGGGGGGGGGGGUGGGGGGGGGGUGGUUAGAAGGAUUACUUUAUCCUAUCCCAGGUGUUCCUUAAGAGGUGGGGUUUCAAAUGACUUCCGGAAGGUGGUGAGUGACUCCGCUGUCCUGGCGUCGUGAGGGAGCUUGUUCCACCAUUGGGUGCCAGAGCAGCGAACAGUUUUGACUGGCUGAGCGGGAACUAUGCUUCCGCAGAGGAAGGGGAGCCAGCAGGCCAGAGGUGGAUGAACGCAAUGCUCUCGUUUGGGUGUAGGGACUGAUCAGAGCCCGAAGGUACAGAGGUGCCGUUCCCCUCACUGCUCCAUAGGCAAGCACCAUGGUCUUGUAACGGAUGCGAGCUUCAACUGGAAGCCAGUGGAGUGUGCGGAGGAGGGGGGUGACGUGAGAGAACUUGGGAAGGUUGAACACCAGACGGGCUGCGGCAUUCUGGAUGAGUUGUAGGGGUUUAAUAGCACAGGCAGGGAGGCCAGCCAACAGUGACAACUCAGAGUACGCUAUUCUGUUCUUCUGAAAUAGACUACAUUUUCUUCAUAUCGUGUUUCUUUAGUCCUGUCUAAAAUAAAUAAUGGAUGUAUUGUGAAUGUGUAGGCUAUAUUACAUUGAUUUACUAGACUUUGUCAUCUCCUGUCUUGAUUACUGCAACUCGCUGUUGGCUGGGCUCCCUGCCUGUGCCAUUAAACCCCUACAACUUAUCCAGAACGCUGCAGCCCGUCUGGUGUUCAACCUUCCGAAGUUCUCUCACGUCACCCCGCUCCUCCGCACACUCCACUGGCUUCCAGUUGAAGCUCGCAUCUGCUACAAGACCAUGGUGCUUGCCUACGGAGCUGUGAGGGGAACGGCACCUCCGUACCUUCAGGCUCUGAUCAGUCCCUACACCCAAACGAGGGCAUUGCGUUCAUCCACAUCUGGCCUGCUGGCCCCCCUACCUUUGCGGAAGCACAGUUCCCGCUCAGCCCAGUCAAAACUGUUCGCUGCUCUGGCACCCCAAUGGUGGAACAAGCUCCCUCACGACGCUAGGACAGCGGAGUCACUCACCACCUUCCGGAGACACUUGAAACCCCACCUCUUUAAGGAAUACCUGGGAUAGGAUAAAGUAAUCCUUCUACCAGCCCCUUAACCCCCCCCCCCCCCCCCCCCCCCCCCCCCCACCCACCCAAAAAAAAAAAGACCCACUGGCUAUAAGGUGAAUGGACCAAUUUGUAAGUCGCUCUGGAUAAGAGCGUCUGCUAAAUGACGUAAAUGUAAUAUGUAGACGUUCCAAAGGUCCGCAUAAGUGGCAGGAGAUGCUAAACAUGUUUAUGUUAACUAACGGUCAAUUACCGUGAGACCGGCAGUUAUUUGCACGACAAUCACAGGCUGAUAAAAUGUCGUGACCGCCACAGCCCUAGGUAUGAACACCAAAACAUUCAAUGUUGUGAGAGGAUACCUCCUUCACUGUUUCACCAACCAAAAGGUAUUACGGUUACCAUUUCACACCAGAGCGUUCACCAUACUUGGACCAUCACAGAGAAGUGGUAGAUGUGUGUUGAUAUAAUCUGGUAAGGGGUCAUAUGUUAGGAAUGAUGAUUGAAUAAUGUCCUGGAUGUACAUUUGGCCAGGGCAUCAGGGUUUCAAAGGUGGGUCAAGACACAUCAUGAAAACCUAAUUCUGUUCCUUGGACAGAGCACCAAUGCAUCACACCCAAAAGUGAGAAAAUAACUAUUGUUCAACUGUGCAACUAUUGAAAAUAUGGUUGCAUGAUGAUACAUAAUGGUUCAAUAUUAUCAUUUAUAAAUGGUUAAUAACCGGAGGUAAAUAUUGGCUCACUAAUUGGCAAACACUGACCAGUUAUAAUUUUUUUACAUUUACAUUUCAGUCAUUUAGCAGACGCUCUUAUCCAGAGCGACUUACAGUUAGUGAGUGCAUACAUUAUUUUUUCAUACUGGCCCCCCCGUGGGAAUCGAACCCACAACCCUGGCGUUGCAAACGCCAUGCUCUACCAACUGAGCUACAUCCCUGCCGGCCAUUCCCUCCCCUACCCUGGACAACGCUGGGCAAAUUGUGCGCCGCCCCAUUGGUCUCCCGGUCGCGGCCGGCUACGACAGAGCCUGGAUUCGAACCAGGAUCUCUAGUGGCACAACUAGCGCUGCGAUGCAGUGCCUUAGACCACUGCGCCACUCGGGAGGAUAUUGCACCAAUUUUACCAAUACGAUAUAUAACCAUUUAUUAAUGGUUGAUAAUACAUUUACAAAUGAUUAAAUAAUAGUUAAUAACGCAAUUAUAACCCCUUCAUAAACCUUUUACAAAUGAAACCUUGUUGUAAAGUGUUGCCCAUUAUUUGUUGUUGAGGCAAUUAUCUGCUGACUGUUUAAUUGUUUUAAACUUUUAUUUUGACAGUUCAAUGUUUUUAAAUUCUCUUUCUCUCCUCUCUCAGUGACUCAGGGCCAGAUGGUGAUGGACUGCUGUCUGGUUGUCAGUCAAAAAGAGAUCCCUAGACGCAUUGUCAUGGGUUACCAGUCUCAGGUCAGAGGUCAAGGCUGCUCCAUCAACGCUGUGGUGUAAGUGAACAACUUGUUUUCAUUGGUUUGUAUUUACAAGGACCACCCCCUGUAGAGUUGAGAGGAUUGUAUAGGUUAUAAGAAAUAUGGUGAACUCUCCACAUGCCUUUAUAAGAAAGCAAGGCUGUUAUUAUACUGAACUAAAACAUAAACACAACAUGCAACAAUUUCAAAAGAUUUUACUGAGUUACAGUUCAUAGAAGGAAAUCAGUCAAUUGAAAUAAAUUCAUUAGGCCCUAAUCUAUGCAUUUCACAUGACUGGGGACUGGCAGAAGACGUCUAUAUCAGUCCGCUAAUAUAGGACUAGUAAAGGCCCAGUGAACUACUUUUGGGAAAACAUUUAAAACUUGAGUCUGAUAAUUAUCUGUACAAAACAGUUAAUCUGAUAAUACUUAUGGAAUAAAAAAAUACUUGCUUUCUAGGUUCUUGAAAUACUUUGCAAAUGGAAAUAAUUUUUGUGUGAAAACUGAAAUGGUCUAUUCAUUCCAUUUUAGUAGACACUCUUAUCCAGAGCAACGUACAGUAGUGAGUGGAUACAUUUUCAUACUGGUCCCCCGUAGGAACCGAACCCACAACCGUAGCGUUGCAAGCACCACGCUCACUCUACCAACUGAGCUACAUCGUCACAAACCACCUGAUGUCUCGAUGUACUCAAUUACUGUAUUGUGCAUUGUUUUUCUUCAUGGUGAUGGAAAGUCUACAGGUACAAACCUAGAUGACUAGCCUAUGUACAAUACAGUAAUGUAGAUUUACAUUAAGUGGUUUGUAAGCAGUGGCGGUCGUUGCCGUUUAAGAUGAGGGAGGACCAUUUUUUUCAUGAGCAUGGCCUUAUUUCUAUUACAGCAUAUUGGAUGACUCUCCUUCAUAGUCCAUUCACCCAGUUCAAUGUAACAGUGAUAGGUUUAGGCUACUACAUGAUACUCAAAUUUUCCCUAUACCCAUCAUGAGGUUGCUACAACCUAGCCUACGAAUGAAAGUUGCACACAGGUCGGGAGAAAAAUUUGAGGUGACAGACAGUGACACAUGGACUGACGGUGACAUUCAAUACCGCCUUGCACACUCUUGCCUGCAUCUAGCUGAUAUAGGGUGUAAUCAUUAGUCCAACAGUUGCAAACGGAAGUUUCUAUUGGACAAAUUCAGGUAUGUUUAAACACAGUUCACUUUCAUAGCAGCCACGUUGUAUUCCUUCUCGCAUCUACACGCUCUUCUCCUCUCACCUUUUCCCUUCGCUUGUGGACUUCAAUGCACAACACAUCAGCUGUGUGUGACCAAGAGAAAAAACCUUUCCAAGCCAAACCAUAUUAUAACCGCUGCACACAGCCUACAUCGUUGUCACCAUAUUAGCUAAAGUAACGUCAUAGUCAGCAUAGCUAAUAGAACAAAUUCAUUAGUAAACCCGCUACAAUCAUGCAGUAACGUUACAGUGUGCAGUCAGUAAGCAAUUUGGCACUUACACCGACCGGCUGCGGUGGCAAUAAAUUAGUAAAACCAAAAGUUUCCCUUGACUUGGAAGAGUUCCAUUGUUGUGUUGUAUAGGCAUAGCCAGCUAGCUAACAUAGCAUCCCUCUGUUUGAGCCAGGUGUUUCAGUAGUCUAAACUAGCUAGCUGCAUUUGCUAGCUAAGUAAGUGAAACUGAAAGUUUAAUUUAAAAAAAAGAUAAUCUCUCUCUCUCUCUCUCUCUCUCUCUCUCUCUCUCUCUCUCUCUCUCUCUUGCUUCUCCUUCAUUUUGGAAGAAAUUAAUUUGUUCAAAACUGUUAAACUAUUGUCUUUCUCUCUGUUCGUGUCAACUACUCACCACAUUUUAUGCAGUACAGUGCUAGCUAGCUGUAGCUUAUGAUUUCAGUACUAGAUUAAUUCUUUGUUCCUUUGAUUGGGUGGACAACAUGUCAGUUCAUGCUGCAAGAGCUUUGAUAGGUUGGAAGACAUUCUCCAGAAGUUGCCAUAAUUACUGUGUAAGUCUAUGGAAGGGGGUGAGAACCAUGAGCCUCCCAGGUUUUGUAUUGAAGUCAAUGUACCCAGAGGAGGACGGAAGCUAGGUGUCCUCCGGCUACACCAUGGGGCUACCCUACAGAGUGCUCCUGAGGCUACUGUAGACUUUAAUUGCAAAAUAGUGUGUUUUAAUCAAUUAUUUGGUCAAAUGUGAUUAUAUUUAGUAUAGUUUUAUCUAAAAAGGAUAACGUUUUUAAUGUUUUACAAUUUUUAUUUUUAUGAAAUUCACGGAGGAGGAGCUCAAAUGCAUUAAGAAGAAAGAAAUUCCACAAAUUAACUUUUAACAAGGCACACCUGUUAAUUGAAAUGCAUUCCAGGUGACUACCUUAUGAAGCUGGUUGAGAGAAUGGCCAAGAGUAUGCAAAGCUGUCAUCAAGGCAAAGGGUGGCUACUUUGAAGAAUAUAAAAUAUAAAAUAUAUAUUGAUUUGUUUAAACCUUUUUUGGUUACUACAUGAUUCCAUAUGUGUUAUUUCAUUGUUUUGAUGUCUUCACUAUUAUUAUACAAUAUAGAAAAUAGUAAAAAUAAAGAACAACCCUUGAAUGAGUAGGCGUGUCCAAACCUUUGACUGGUACUGUACAUUUUUCUAAAAAUGACAUACGUUUUAAAUUCUGAUUUUUCAGGGGGUGCUGCAGCACUUUCAGCACCCCUACUUCCCACGGCUAUGCCAGUAGCAGGAGUUUGAUCACAGCAUAUGCCUUACUCUCUGUCCCUCCCUGUAACCUCUCUCCCCAAUCUCAUUCCUUACUCUCUGUCCCUCCCUGUAACCUCUCUCCCCAUCUCAUUCCUUACUCUCUGUCCCUCCCUGUAACCUCUCUCCCCAAUCUCAUUCCUUACUCUCUGUCCCUCCCUGUAACCUCUCUCCCUUCUCAUUCCUUACUCUCUGUCCCUCCCUGUAACCUCUCUCCCAUCUCAUUCCUUACUCUCUGUCCCUCCCUGUAACCUGUCUCCCCAUCUCAUUCCUUACUCUCUGUCCCUCCCUGUAACCUCUCUCCCCAAUCUCAUUCCUUACUCUCUGUCCCUCCCUGUAACCUCUCUCCCCAAUCUCAUUCCUUACUCUCUGUCCCUCCCUGUAACCUCUCUCCCCAUCUCAUUCUUUACUGCAGCUUCACUACCAAGAGGGGACUCAAGCUGUGUGCUCCCACUGAUCCCACGUGGGUUACAGACCUGAUGAAACACAUGGACCGCCUCAUCAAUAAGUGCCAAGAAACGAACUUCAAGGUACCAUCCUUAAUGUACAAGCAAUGUGCAUGUAGAUGACAUAGAUUACAGUAUAUAGUAGAUAUAGUACUGUGUAGAUUACAUGCUGAGUUAGUCCCGAGUUAUGAUUUGGUGGUUAAGCAGGUGGCUUAGUGGUUAAGAGCGUUGUGCCAGUAACCGAAAGGUCGCUGGUUCUAAUCCCCGAGCCAACUAGGUGAAAAAUCUGUGCCCUUGAGCAAGGCACUUAACCCUAAUCGCUCUGGAUAAGAGCGUCUACUAAAAUGUAAAUGUGGUUGGCUUAAUCUGUAGUAGAUAUAGUACUGUGUAGGUUAGUCUGAGUUAUGAUUUGGUGGUUAAGAGCAUUGUGCCAUGUAAAUGUGGUUGGCUUUAAUCUUUCGCAAAUCUUUCACAUGUUUUUAGCUGCAACCAUUGAACCAUUGAACCAAUGAUGUUGAGUGUUGAGUCCCAGAAAAAAAAAACGUAAAAAAAAAAAAAACCUAUGUGAUUCAGCUGUUACUAAACCACUAAAGUCUGGAAUUCAAGAGAAGUUCAGUUCAGUUUCCCUAAACUUACUUUAGCUGCUGACCUGACUCUGUGUGUGUCUGUGUGGUUGCAGGCUAAACACUGUAAGAAGCUGAAGCCUAAGAGUUCCUAAGGUCCCCUGUUGGAACCCCUCACCACCAUCCCCACCCGCCUCUCCCGGUCCAAAGAACAGUGACAGAGCCUGAGAAGA